CGCAUUCUACCCUUCUGUUUCCUCGACCCUUGUCAUUUUUAUGAGGGCCAUUGCAUGAUGGCUUUCUUAAUGCCAACACCUAUAUGUCGGGGGGUUUUGGACGGUUUUGUCCCGAGCUAAUUCCCCCGCCGAGAAUUAGCUGCAUUAGCAGUAUGGCGUGCCUCUAUUGAGGCCACGCGACCUCAGCACUCCGGAUCCGGCCGGUGGGUUUUUCACUGUGUUUCGCAACCUACCUAUGCCCUCGGGAUAUUGUCUCUUUUCUCCCAUUUUUUUUCUCUCUCUUUCUGUCUUGGUUCAACCUUCCGUUCCCUCCGGUACUAGGCAGGAGAAAGCUUCUGUCCAGGUCAGCCGCAACUCCCACAUUUCCUCACAUUCCGAGUUACUGUUCUUUUCACCUCUAGUAGCUGCCACCAUGCUGUCUUCGGACCCGACAGCCAUGGAAUUCGAGGCCAGCUUCCCCAGCUGCAAAUGCCGGCCAGGGCUUACUGAGAUUCAGGUCGAUCUUCAACAUUCCUCACUUGAUGUGGUGCAGAUUCUCAAUGCUGUGGAAGCGCUGCGGAGAUCAUUCAGCGCCGCCUCACAGUGUUGGAACAGAUGCACGCAGUCGGCGCCCUACACCUCUCAAUUGAUCCAGUCUCAAAUGCGCCUGCUAGACUUCCUUGAAGUUCUCCGCAGGACCCUUCUCUCCACUCCGGAGGACCGCAUGCCGCAAUUGACCGAAGGCAGCCGGGAGGAAAGGUCGCUCGCGGCUCUUCGCGUGACGGGCUGCGAUCGAAUGGCCAAAGUCAAUCGUUAUCCCCUAAAUGAGGGCGAAAAAAAGCUCCUCGUGCAGGCGAUCCUCCGCGAGUCGCUGCUCACGCUCAACACGAUUGCCAAGAAGGUACAUCACGAGCUCAUAUCGAUGCAACCACGAACCCGGUCAUCUUCCAUCGAGGUCAACAGUGCCCCACCCUACUCCUCCCCUGCUUCUUCCAUGCCGUCGUCAUCAUCUUCGUCUUCCACCUUUUAUAACCGGCAGAACACAUGCACCCUAUACAGGAACUUGAUUACCAGAACUUACUCGGCCCUCGCGACGUGUAAUUCUGAUUAAGCGGUCCGCCACCAAGCACUUGCGCGACUCGGGAGUGGAUGAGGGAUGGGAGCGCAUUUGUUUCUUGAGGCAAGCGUUCAAAGCCUCUGAAUUCGGCUACGGAAGCAGGAGGACCAGGCCUCCGUCAAUUUCCGCAGCAAGAUGUGAUAUUGCCUUCCAUGAUUCAAGACGCGAGUGCCAUUGUACUACAUAGCUGAAUCAUACCAUUGAGACCAACCAGUCGGGAAAAACACCCCGCUAGAGUAACGAGAAACAUCGGCGUGUUCUGCGUUCCAUUCAUCGCGAUCCUCAAGCUGGACUAGCAACAUAGGAACAUAGGGGGAUACCGCGACCGUAGGCACUAAUUAGGGCUCGCUCGGGGGCCCGGUCUGUAUGAUCUGCUCAAAGGGGGCGCUCAAAAGCUCCAGCGUGUUGCCCCAGGGGUCCUGACAGUACACGACCCGGUCGCCGGAAGGCAUGGUCACCGGGUGUCCUAUCCUCGU